GUGGAUCUGAAGGUGGAGACGCGUUGAAGCGGCGCGGGACCGAAUUUUGGUGGUGAGUGCGAGCUGUGAGUGCUCCGAAGGUGUGCUAUGCGGUCGCCGCCUCCGAGGCCGUCGUCGCCGUCCCUUGGCCGCCGCCGCCCCGCCAAGGUCGUGGGGUCAUGCGAGACUUAAGUGGCCCGAGGGUGCGGAACCUUGCCGAGGAAUUCCGGCCGGACAUUCAUGAGCACCGCCCCCCGACCCUCCACGCUGACGAGCUGGAGAAGAGGAUUCCUCUCGCGGCGCAGACGAGUGACUGCGCAGAGCUGGAGGAGCUGCAGGAGUUGCUACACUUCCCUGAAGAGGUUGCCCUGCGAUUGGCCGACACCGAAUACCAACUGUUCUACAAGGUGCAUCCAGUUCAGUACGUCCGGCAGGUAGCGUUGGAAUUGCGGGGCGCUUCCGGCACCUCUGCAGAUAAUCUUCCGGGCAUCUCCACCUCCUCUUCAGCCCAGCAGCUCUCAGUCCCGCAUCUUAUCAAGCGCUUCAAUGAG